CGCCAUAAAACCUCCAAAAAGAAAAGAAGAAGUAUUUCUUCGUUCACUCGGGAGGACGCUAGCUUGUUAACAACUAACUGACAGGAGUAUUUUGUCCUCAUCCCACUGUUUUUAUUCAUGUCACUUUCAAAUUCAACACCGCUGCUCCUGUUCUGGCUGUCAAGGCAAAUCGGCUAACACUGUUAGCUUCUGUCAGCGGUUUGACCCUGUUAGCUACUGUUAGCUCCCGUUAGCUCAUGUCAGAUCCCGUUAGCUCAUGUCAGAUCCCGUUUGAUCCUGUUCGCUGCCGUUAGCUCAUGUCAGAUCCCGUUAGCUCAUGUCAGAUCCCGUUUGAUCCUGUUCGCUGCCGUUAGCUUACACCGGAUCAGGAAAAGCGGUCGAUGUUAGCAGUUAGCGCGGCUCAUAGCUAACGAGUGUGGAACAGAAUGAUGAAACGCAGCUGUACGAACCAGGAUAGACUUUGUUCAGAGAGGCUGACUGAAGACAGAGGCUCUUUAUCGGACUGUCACACAGAUGUCCAACAUCUGCUGGUGAUCAAAGAAGAGGUUUCCACUGAGAUGAUCACCAGUCCAGAUCAGGAGGACUUAGAGAUUCUUCACAUUAAAGAGGAGCAGGAUGAUCUCUGGACCAGUAAUGAGGAAGAGAAGUAUGAAGGACUGGAGAAGGCUGAUGAUGGGAAGUUCUCACUCACUGUUGUUUAUGUUAAAACUGAAGAUGAUCCAGAGAUUCCCCACAUCCAAGAGGAGCACGAUCAUCUCUGGACCAAGAAGGAAGAAGAGCAGUCUCUUGAGGAGGUUGAUUGCAACAAGUUCUCACUCACUAUAGUCCAAGUGAAAACUGAAGAUGAUGAGGAGAACCCUCAGUCCUCACAGCUUCAUCAAAUUGAAGAGAGCGGAGAGGCGGAACCUCCAGCAACUGUCUCCGCACGACCAGUGAAAACAGCAGCUGGAGGAGAUGACGAGAUUCCAGACUCGUCCGAGACCGAAUACAGUGAUGACGAGACCGGAGCUCCUGGCCAAUGUCAACCUCAGACAUGUACGCAGAAAGUUCAGUCAGUAGAAAACUCAUUUGAUUGUGAUUUCUGUGGGAAAACAUUUACAAAGAAGACCAGUGUGAAGAGGCACAUGAUGGUCCAUACCGGAGAGAAACCAUGUAGCUGUGAUGUUUGUGGGAAAAGAUUCACACGCAAGUCUUUAGUCAAGAUGCACAUGAUGGUCCAUACAGGAGAGAAACCAUUUAGCUGUGAUGUGUGUGGGAAAAGUUUCACACAGAAGGGUUCUCUUUAUGUGCACAUGAUGAUCCAUAAAGGAGAGAAACAGUUUGAUUGUGAUGUUUGUGGGAAACGGUACACAAACAAGGGUAAUCUUAACAAACACAAGGUCGUCCAUACAGGAGAGAAACCAUGUCGUUGUGAUAUCUGUGGGAAAAUAUUUAAGCAUGAAAAAAGUUUUAAGAUACACAUGAUGGUCCACACAGGAGAGACCCCGUUUAGCUGUGAUGUUUGUGGGAAAAGAUUUGCAUUUGAGCGUUUUCUUAGGACUCAUGUAAGAGUCCAUACAGGAGAGAAACCGUUUGACUGUAAUGUUUGUGGGGAAAGAUUUACACGAAAGCGUAAUCUUGAUGUGCAUAUGGUCGUCCAUACAGGAGAGAAACCAUUCGACUGUGAUGUUUGUGGGAAAAAAUUUAUUCUCAAGGAUCAUCUGAACAAACAUGCCGUGAUCCACGCAGGAGAGAAACCGUGGAGCUGUGACGUUUGUGGGAAAACAUUCACACAGAAGUUUACUUAUAAUAUGCACAUGAUGAUCCAUACAGGGGAAAAACUAUUUGGCUGUGAUGUUUGUGGGAAAAGAUAUCGAUUAAAGAGUUCUCUAAAAAUGCAUAUGGUGGACCAUACAAGAGAAAAACAGUUUGACUGUAAUGUUUGUGGGAAGAAAUUUACAAGGAAGAGUGAUGUCAACGUCCACAUGGUGGUCCACACUGGAGAGAAACCCUGGGGCUGCCAUGUUUGUGGGAAAUGUUUUACACAAAAGGGUUCUCUUAAAAAACACAUGAUGGUCCACACCGGAGAGAAACUUUAGAGCGGUGGUGUUUGAGGCAGAGUGAUGUUAACAGACACAUGAUGGUCCACACCGGAGAGAAACUUUAGAGCGGUGGUGUUUGAGGCAGAGUGAUGCUAACAGACACAUGAUGGUCCACACCGGAGAGAAACUUUAGAGCGGUGGUGUUUGAGGCAGAGUGAUGUUAAAAAACACAUGAUGGUCCACACCGGAGAGAAACUUUAGAGCGGUGGUGUUUGAGGCAGAGUGAUGCUAACAGACACAUGAUGGUCCACACCGGAGAGAAACUUUAGAGCGGUGGUGUUUGAGGCAGAGUGAUGUUAAAAAACACAUGAUGGUCCACACCGGAGAGAAACUUUAGAGCGGUGGUGUUUGAGGCAGAGUGAUGCUAACAGACACAUGAUGGUCCACACCGGAGAGAAACCUUAGAGCGGUGGUGUUUUAGGCAGAGUGAUGUUAACAGACACAUGAUGGUCCACACCGGAGAGAAACUUUAGAGUGGUGGUGUUUGAGGCAGAGUGAUGUUAAAAAACACAUGAUGGUCCACACCGGAGAGAAACUUUAGAGCGGUGGUGUUUGAGACAGAGUGAUGUUAACAGACACAUGAUGGUCCACACCGGAGAGAAACUUUAGAGCGGUGGUGUUUGAGACAGAGUGAUGCUAACAGACACAUGAUGGUCCACACCGGAGAGAAACUUUAGAGUGGUGGUGUUUGAAACAGAGUGAUGCUAACAGACACAUGAUGGUCCACACCGGAGAGAAACUUUAGAGCGGUGGUGUUUGAGGCAGAGUGAUGUUAACAGACACAUGAUGGUCCACACCGGAGAGAAACUUUAGAGCGGUGGUGUUUGAGGCAGAGUGAUGUUAAAAAACACAUGAUGGUCCACACCGGAGAGAAACCUUAGAGCGGUGGUGUUUGAGGCAGAGUGAUGCUAACAGACACAUGAUGGUCCACACCGGAGAGAAACUUUAGAGCGGUGGUGUUUGAGGCAGAGUGAUGCUAACAGACACAUGAUGGUCCACACCGGAGAGAAACCUUAGAGCGGUGGUGUUUUAGGCAGAGUGAUGUUAACAGACACAGGAGAGAAACCCUGUAGCUGCAAUGUUUGUGAACAAAGAACAGAAAAGUUCUCUUGUGUUGCAUAUGAGACUUCAUUAUAUGAAGUGAGUGUAUAGACGUAUAUGUAACAUUUAAUAUCUUGUCAGAUAUGAAGUGUUAACAAAAGACAAGUGUUUAAUAUUUGCUUGUAAGUGUCUUAAAGUUGAUUAUGCUUAUAUUAACACCUUUAAAAUGUUCAUCUUAUUAACUUAUCUAAUAAGAUAGGCAGUCUCUGUUAUAGGCACAGAACUGGACAGCCUGACAUCCAUAGCUGAGCGACGCACACAGCACCAUACACAGACCGUGCACUGUAAUGACGGAACUUUCUGAUUUAUAAUUAAUUUCUUUUUCAAUGUCUUUUUAUAUUUUUUAUAUUAUAUUUAGACUGUACUUUGCAUGCCUCUUAUGUUUCUAUUUUGUAAAAUAUUCUUUGAGCUGCUGAACUGUGAAUUUCUCUGUGAGAUGAAUAAAGUAUCUAUCUAUC